CCCUUCCUAUCAUGCGACUGCUGUCUAUCUGAUUCUCUCCCCUCUCUCUCUCCUCUCUCCCCUCGCUGACAGUCGAGUCAGUUCACCCUCCCGAUAACGGCGAUAUCGUGGCCCUCUCCGCCUCCCUCCUAUCAAAUCUCCAUUCGAAUUUGGAGAAACAGUAAGUGAAAGUCCUUCAUAAACUCUAAUUUAUAUCCAUCCGAUCUUAAUCUCUCACAUUUCUUAGCCAUCUCAGAGUUGCAGUUCGAACCGAUUUCACUUGCAUGGCCGUCAUCUGAUAUAUCCGAUUUUGGGGACGAUUUGUGGGACUGAACCGGCAUGAAGCGGGAAUUGGCUUGUGUUUUGAAGGGUCAGACUCGGCUCGCUGAUUCAGUGGCUGGGACUCAGGACGAGUCCCAGACGAGUCCGUUUGUUGUAUAUGAGAGACUUAAUCGUAAGAGGUUUAAGGGUGCGGUUGUGAAUGGUGUGAUUGUCUAUACCCGAGAGAGAAGGGCUCGGAUCAAGGGCGGUAAUGGGGUUUCGGAGGGGGCGGAGAUAAAUGGGCGGAAUGGCUCGGAAAAGCCGAGAAUUGAGGAAACCCCAUCUCAUCAAUUAGUUGAAUGUUUAGUUAAAGAUGAGUCAAAUUGCAAUUUGGAGAUACCCAGUUGUAGACAUGAGGGUGGCAGUGAGCGGUCAGGGUCUUCGUGUGAGGAGCACGAUAUGGAAGCAGACUUAGUUGAAAUUGUAGUUAAAGAUGAGCCCAAUUAUCAUGAGGGGGAAACAGAUAUGAAAGGCGGGGCAUUGAGGCGGUUUACUCGAUCAGCAUUGAGACCCAAGUUUGAGCCUACUGUGGAAAAUGCAUCAGGGUCUGUGCCUGUUGAAGUGAUUUCAAAUAUAGAGGGGGAAGAUACAGUUGGAGUCAGCAUGCUGACAUCGCCACUGAAGAAUAAGCUAGAAUUGAAAAUGUCAAAGAAGAUUGUGGUGGACAGGAAACCUACAACAGUCAAAGAGCUCUUUGACACUGGCUUGGUUGAUGGGGUGCAAGUGAUUUACAUGGGCAGCAAGAAGGCAUUCGGUCUGCGGGGCACAAUAAGGGAUGGUGGAAUUUUGUGUUCAUGCAUACUGUGCAACGGCGGCAGAGUUAUUCCACCGUCCCAAUUUGAGAUUCAUGCUUGUAAAACAUACAGACGAGCAGCACAGUAUAUUUGUUUUGAGAAUGGAAAGAGUCUGCUUGAUCUCUUGAAGUCGUGCAGAAAUGCUUCUUUGCAUACAUUGGAAACAACAAUUCAGAAGUUCAUCAGUUCUUCACCCAUGGAGAAGUAUUUUACUUGUAAAAAGUGUAGUGUGUCUUUCCUCCAUACUGUGCUCUGGGUGAUGGAUCUCUUUGCUAUUCUUGCAUGGAGCCGAAGCAGCCUGAGUGCAAUUGUAGCCUUUGAUUUCCCCUUACUUAGCCAGUGUUUGAUAGAUAUGCAAAUGACAUUUCAUAUGUUCUUGCAUCUGUAUUCUCUCAGUUCUUUGAUACCUGUUUCAAUCUCAAAGUCCUCCAAGAGUGCAAUCUCAAAGUCCCGGAAAAGUGCAAUCUCAAAGUCCCUGAAAAGUACAAUCUCAAAGUCCUUGAAAAGUGCAAUCUCAAAACCCUUGAGAAGUGCAAUCUCAACUCCCCAGAAAAAUGCAGUGUCAAAAUCCCCCAAGAGUGCUCCACUCUAUUUGUCACUGAAAAAGAAGACCCAGUUGAAUACAAGAAAGUCAUCAACGCCAGUUUUGAUCUCAGAUCCGUCAAAAAGUUCUUCUCCAGAGAGUUCAGAUUAUAAGAGUGGAUGGAAGAUAACACCAAAAUCUUCAAAAUCAAUUCUGAUCUCAAGGCCCCCCAGUACUUCUUCAGUGUAUUUUUCUUCGCAGAAGAAAAGUCAGUGGAGGAUUACAACAAAAGAUCAGCGGCUGCAUAAGUUGGUUUUCGAGGAAGGUGGAUUGCCUGACGGAACAGAAGUAGCAUAUUAUGCACGCGGACAGAAAUUGCUAGUUGGUUACAAGAAAGGAUUUGGAAUAUUUUGUUGUUGCUGCAACAGUGAGGUCAGCCCGUCACAGUUUGAGGCCCAUGCAGGUUGGGCCACACGCAGGAAACCCUAUGCAUACAUUUACACAUCUAACGGAGUGUCUCUCCACGAGUUGGCUAUAUCUUUGUCAAGAGGUCGGAAAUAUGCAGCCAAGGAUAAUGAUGACUUGUGCAUCAUUUGUGCCGAUGGUGGGAAUCUUGUGCUUUGUGAUGGAUGCCCUAGGGCCUUCCACAGAGACUGUGCUUCUCUACCAAGUGUUCCUCGUGGUGACUGGUACUGUAAGUUUUGUCAAAAUAUGUUUCAAAGAGAAAAGUUUGUGGAACAUAAUGAAAAUGCUGUUGCUGCUGGAAGGAUUGAUGGAAUUGAUCCUAUAGAACAGAUAACCCAAAGAUGCAUUCGUAUUGUCAAAGACAUAGAAGCUGAACUAACUGGAUGCGUUUUAUGUAGAGGUUAUGAUUUUAGCAAAUCAGGAUUUGGUCCACGAACUAUUAUACUUUGUGAUCAGUGUGAGAAGGAAUAUCAUGUUGGCUGUUUGAAGAAACAUAAAAUGGCAAAUUUAAAGGAAUUGCCAAAAGGGAAGUGGUUUUGUUGCGCAGACUGCAGUAGAAUUCAUUCUAUUUUGCAAAGGUUGCUGACUAGAGGAGCUGAGAAGCUUCCUGACUCUCAUUUGGAUGUUAUAAAGAAGAAGAUGGAGGCAAAUGGUUUGGAGACUGUCAGUGGGUUUGAUGUGAGAUGGAGACUUAUUAGUGGCAAAAUUGCUUCUCAGGAAUGUCGUUUUUUACUUUCAAAGGCUGUUGCUAUCUUCCACGAUUGCUUUGAUCCUAUAGUUGAUGCAGAAUCUGGGCGAGACCUUAUUCCCGCCAUGGUUUAUGGAAGGAAUGUUAGGAGCCAAGAAUUUGGGAAUAUGUACUGUGCAAUACUGAUGGUCAACUCAACUGUGGUAUCAGCUGGAAUUAUACGUGUUUUUGGUCAUGAAGUUGCUGAACUUCCUUUGGUCGCCACUAGUAAUGGUAACCAUGGCAAGGGCUACUUCCAACUAUUGUUCUCCUGCAUUGAAAAGCUGCUAGCUUUCUUGAAUGUGAAAAGUAUUGUGCUGCCGGCUGCGGAAGAAGCAGAAUCCAUAUGGACCGAUAAAUUUGGUUUUACAAAAAUGAAGCCGGAGCAGCUCACCACCUACCGAAGAACCUGCUACCAAAUGGUGACAUUCAAAGGAACGUCAAUGCUACAUAAAAGGGUUCCCGAGUGCCGGGUUGUAAGCACAUGAGGGAAGGGGAGAGCGAAGGGAGAUUUUUCAAUUUUUGUUUUCUGAUCUUUUAUUAGCAAGCUUUUUGUUUCCAGUUCAUGUUUGUAAAAUUUUAUGAAUUGGAAUUGUCAAGCCUCUGCUGUUCAUAUCAACAUUUUUUGGUUAUUGAACAUCACCUUAAUAGCUAGAUUUCUAUAAUACACAUUCUGCAUGCGUUUGGUAA